UAAGCAUUUCAAGAUGCCAGGCGGUGCAAGAAUCUCAUUCAACUGUGUGGAUUCCUGUCUUUCAUCUCUGAAAAACUGCCAGUCUUACAUAAAUACUGGAAUGGAUAUUGCUACUCACAUUGCCCUUGACCUUGUGGAAAGCUUCAAUGAUGUAGAGGAUGUUAACAGUAUCGAAAAUGUCAUGUUAGAAUAUGCUGCAAUGGACAGAGAACUUAAUCAUUAUAUGAGAGCAAUUGAAGAAACGGUAAAUCAGAUAAAACGAGAAAAACCAGAAAAUAUACCAGAUCUAAAAUAUUUAGUAAAAGAAAAAUUUACUGCACUGGAGAGCAAGAACAGUGACUCAGAUUUGCAAAGGAAUGAAAAAUAUAUGUAUUUUAAGGAUCAACUUAAAGAGAUGAGAAAACAAUUUUGUCGUCAAUCAGAUAAUGAUAAUGAGGCCAUUGAACAAAUCGAUGAAGACAUAGCCGUGACUCAGAGUCAGAUGAACUUUAUUUGCCCCAUUACACAGAUGGAAAUGAAGAGGCCAGUUCGAAACAAAAUCUGUGGACAUACUUAUGAAGAAGACGCCAUUCUAAAAAUUAUCCAGACUCGAAAGCAGCAAAAGAAAAAAGUCCGAUGCCCUAAAAUUGGCUGUAGCCAUGCUGAUGUAAAAGGAUCAGAUCUUGUGCCAGAUGAAGCACUUAAAAGAGCGAUUGACAGUCAGAAUAAACAAAGCUGGUCAACACUGGAGAAGUCAGCUGGAUACGCUGCUGCCACAAAGGAAAUUUGUUAUUAGAGGUCUUGUGAGAUAAGCUGCUGAUUGUAAGUAGGUUGUGUAACUGAUUGUUAUUUAAAGUGUUUCAUUUAUAGGCAAAAUUGAAGGUCUCAGCUGUAACUGAAAUCAUUUUUUAAACUGCCAAAUAUGAGGAAUUCCAGUUUAUCUUGUUUUUUUUAACCUUCCUGAAAUUCUGAAAGCUCGCGUUUGAUAAAUAAAACAUGUCUUGCAGCAUUUAACCUUCCU